GGCAGCUGUGAGAAAUGCGGAACCGCUGAGUUGUGUGUCAGUGAUGUGUGGAUGUUCUCGUGUAUACGUGGCGAGUUGAUCAAUAUACCAAAGGUUUCCUCGUGUCAAGUCCAAGGUUCAAGUCACCUCCAUGAACUUCUACUAUUAUUUGAGCCUCCUGCAACAAGUCGUGUGCUCAAGCAACGGUAUGGGUACGGUGUGAAAAUCUGGCUGCUAAUUUUUAUGAUCUUCCCAACGAGAGCAUUUGGCAAAGCUCCCACUGGGUUAUAUGCCAAGCUGGCAACAACCAAUCUCUCUCUCUGAAAUUGUGACUUUUGUUAGCAAUGGCAGACAAAAUUUCUGACCCACCUGAUGGCAUCAUAGUCCGCAACAAACUGGAAUGUGCUAUCUGCAAGAAGAGACUUAAGAACCCCAAAAUCUUACAGUGUUUGCAUAACGUUUGUGAACAAUGCUUGCUUAAUAAAGUGUCUACGGGUUAUUGCUCAAUAACAUGCCCAUUGUGUUACCAAACUACAACAUCCAGUAAUGGUGUCCAGAACUUGAAAACCAACUUUCAUCUCAUGGGACAGCUAGAGGAUGCACUGGUCAAAGAGGAGCUUUUACGUGAGGAGUCACUUAACAAUCAGCCAGUUUGUGAGUCCUGUGAAGUGGAGAAAGAGGCUGUGUCGAGAUGCCUUGAUUGUAGCAUGUACUUGUGUCUUAGCUGCAAGAAGGUACAUCGGCGCAUUGCUAUUCUUUCAAAACAUACGGUUGCCUCGCUGGACGAGCUUCGUGUAGGAGUGGUCACCAAGACCUUCCGGAGGGAAAAGAGAGCGGAGGAAUGUCCAAGUGAUCACAGGUUCUUCUGUGAGACUUGUAAUGACGUGGUCUGCAAAGACUGUCCUGAAAUUGAUCCAAGGAGUGGGGAGAGUAUUUCUCGUGGUUGGAGAGGAGCAUCUCAGCACAAGGUCGUGAAGAUGGAUUCAGCCGCAUCCUCAAAGAGGAAGAUGACCAAACAGAUGAUAACUAGUCUUCAGAAAGUACUUGGUGAGUACAAAUCCACCCUGAAGAGCAUUGCUGUCGACAGAGCAAAUUUGGAAGGUCAAUCAAGGGGGUUAGAGGAGCAAGUUAAGGAAGCUGUCAGAGCAAUCACAAAGAAGAUUAAAGAAGAAGAAGCCCGUCACGUCAAGGAGAUUGCCGACAUUCAACAGAGGAAAGAGAAAACUCUACAAGAAAGUGAAAAGUGUCUAGAGGCUGCAAUGCAGCGCAUGAGUGAUUCGUUAGAAAUGGCAAUCAAUGCCACUGACACUGCUUCAGAUCAGGAUUUCCUUGGCUUAGUUUCACUCAUUAACAACAAUCUUCACGAUCUGACAAGAAAGGGACCUGACAGAAUCUACAGUGGAUUACCACAGUGGACAUUCACCAGGGAAAACAGCGGACGUAUUGGUGGUUUGAUGGACCCAAGUUGUCGCUAUUAUAGUUGUAAUCAAUGGCGUGAUCAGCAACCAGACGGAGCCUCUAAAGCAUCUUCAGCUGAAACAACUAGGAAAUGUUCUCCAUUGAAAAGGGUUCCAGUUCAACCUCAUUUGCCAUCAAAGUAUCUCCCGAAGCCAUUCACAUUCUCCCCUCCAGAAGCUCCAAAGUUUACCAUCACUAAAACUACAGUAAAGUUUGGCAGUACUGCAUCAAGUACACCUGCAGGAGUAUUUGGCAGUGCUGCAUCAAAAACACCUGCAGCAAAGUUUGGCAGUGCUGCAUCGAAAACAUAUGCAGCAGUAUUUGGCAGUGCUGCAUCGAAAACACCUGCAGCAAAGUUUGGCAGUGCUGCAUCAAGUACACCUGUAGGACUAUUUGGCAGUGCUACAUCGAGUACACCUGCAGCAGUAUUUGGCAGUGCUGCAUCGAAAACACCUGCAGCAAAGUUUGGCAGUGCUGCAUCAAGUAGACCUGUAGGACAUGGAAUCCAGCCCCUGGCCACAAGAGCCAAUGGCAGCAUCCAGCCCAGAGAGCCUCUGGCCAAUACACUCUUCAAGAACGACGCCUCACCGGCCCAAACGAGAAACGAAACCCAACAACCCGCCCUAACAGGUGGUGCCAAGCUGCCAUUUGCCAGCCUUCCCGAUACAGCGGGGCAGAAGGUAGCGUCGCAAGCUUCGGGCCAGGACACCAGCAGCAACUCUCCGCUCCUGAUGGACAUGCUGAUGCAACCCAACAAAGCCGACGAUCCCGGGGCGGGGGUUGGUGGCUCCAUCACAGCAGGUACUCCUCCCCACUCAACGGGGGCUCCGCCAUCGUCGACCUCAAGCCAUCAUGGACUUUUCUCCGACAAGCAAUCGUCUCAACUGGGAGGACCCUUCCAGCAGACAACCUCUUCUCAGGAUGCAGCAAGUGUAUUUGGCACAGCUUCUAAUGAAACCAGUGCUUCUUCUAGUGCUCCAUUCUCCAAGUUUAAUCUCAACCCCAGUCAGUCAGCAUCUCAAGGAUUUUUCAAGGCUACGUCAUCGCCAGUCACCCCAGAUGUCACAGCAAGCUCUUCGUUGGCGGCCGCUCCAUUCAGUGGAUUCAGCUUCGGUCAGAUCAAAGCCCCAGAGUCUACACCCGCUUUAAGCUUUGGGAGUAUUCCUCAGCAGGUUUCUGACAGCAAAGAUGAUGGUGUGGUACCAGUUACCCCAGAGUUCACGGUAAGCUCUUCGUCGGCGGCCGCUCCAUUCAGUGGAUUCAGCUUUGGUCAGAUCAAAGCCCCAGAGUCUAAACCCGCUUUAAGCUUUGGGAGUAUUCCUCAGCAGGUUUCUAAAAGCAAAACAGAGGAAGAUGAUGAUGUGAUCUUCAUCUCCGAAACGCUUCCUACUGCUGAUCAGCGAGCUAGAGCAGAGAAACUUCUCUUGCCUCCGACUUUCUUCCUGUAUGAAGAUGAUCUGCCCUGUCCCGGCUGCAGAGGAUGUGAGGAGGAAGAUCUGGCUCAGCGAGGAUUCAAAAUAUCCAAACUUCCAAAUAAAGAAUCAGCGCCGGCCGCUUCUGCAGCAGUUACACCUGCAGCAGUAUUUGGCAGUCAUGCACCGAGUACACCUGCAGCAAUGUUUGGAAGUGCCGCAUCGGGUCAGAAGACAUUUGGCUCACUCGCUGUUGACACGCCAAGCACCUUUGGAGCUAAAGACACUAGCCAGGAAGAACCCUCUAUUUUUGGAAACAAAGGCUCAGGGGUGAGUUUUGCUUCCAUCACCUCCGACAAUCAAGGAACUUUUGCUGGGAAAGGAGCAAAGGGAUUUGCGUUUGCCCAGGCUGGUGCUCAGGUCUUUGGAGGUGGAGGUGAUGAUAACGCUGGGGGAGAUGAGGAACAUGACCCCCACUUUGACCCCGAUGUUCCCCUACCCGAGCUGGUUGAUACAAAGACUGGUGAGGAAGAUGAAGAGAUUAUGUACAAGCAGCGAGCCCGUCUGUACCGCUACGCUAAAGAGCUGAAUGUCUGGAAGGAACGAGGUAUAGGAGAGGUCAAAUUUAUGCGACAUAAAGACAGUGGAGGACUAAGACUGCUGAUGAGACGGGAACAGGUUCUGAAGCUGUGCGCCAAUCAUCGCAUCACAGACGACAUCAAGCUUGAAUCCCUGAAGUCCUCUAAUCGUACCUGGGUGUGGCAUGCGCUGGAUUACUCUGAGGAUGAACCAUGCCAUGAGCAGUUUGCCAUCAAGUUCAAGACUCCCGAGCUGGCGGCUGAGUUCAGACGAAGGUUUGAAGAGCUCCAGGCCGAGAGGAAGAGAGAGGUAGAGGCAGAGAAGGCAGACGAGGCGGUGGUACCGGAAGGGCCGAGGGGAGAUCAGCCGGAGGAGAAAGACGAUGACGGAGACAAGAAAGACGGGAAAGAUGACACCGCUGCCGAAGCUACAGAAACCGGGCCAACAACAGAAGAGCUGAUCGCCAAGUAUCAACCCAAGCCAGGCUCAUGGCAAUGCGAUGAUUGCUGCAUCUCAUGCACAGCACCGAAACCCGGUGCAGCGGCUCCAUCAGCUACUCAGAAGUUGAGCACCUUGUCAAAACUCGCCGGAGCGUCCCGACAAAAUGAGUCGUCUGCGACCACCAGCUCUGGGAGUGAGUUUAAAUUUGGCCCUGGUGGGGGUUUCUCGUUCGGUGGCUUGCAGACUUCAGACGGUGCGAGUAAACCCACUGGAUUCGCGUCCUUUGGGCCACCGAGCACCUUCUCAACAACACCCUCAGGUACUGGACCGUUUGGAGGAGGACCCGUUCAGUUUGGAACGUCCUCAUCAUCUGAUACCGUAUUGAUGGCUUCUAAAGAGAAACAAGUUGCGACCCCUACCAGUAAAUUUACCUUCGGAAGUGGAUUCCAGAAAUAUGAUCUUGGUGCGGCCGGCGAUCAACCAAAUCAACCAGUUGUGGCAUCAACGUCACCCAGUGCUGGCUUUACAUUAGGUGCAACGAAACUUACACCCCCUAAGAGUGAACCUGUUGCAGCUGCCCCUUCCACAGUUGCCCCUUCCACAGAUGUCCCUUCCUCAGCUGCCCCUUCCACAGCUGCCCCUUCAACAGCAGCUCCCUCUACGAGCCAGUCCCAAUCACUGACUCCAGUUAAACCAAAAGACAAACAAAAAGAAGUCCCUCCGACCAAGGAGGGAACAGUCUUUGUGUUUGGAGCAGCAGGUGGCCUUUCAGCACAAACUCCCAAGAGCAGUGCAGCACCAGCCUCUUCAAAGCCCGCUGAAGAAAAAUCCAUGGGCUUCAAUUUUGCCGCCAUGGCUAAAACAAAGGGAUCUCUGUUCUCCUUCCGCAUGGACGUCAGUAAAACUCCUCCAGAAGCUCCCGAGAAAUCACCGGUGAAACCAAAAUCUCCUGGAGUAGUAGUGAAGUCACCCCAGCAGCAGCCACCAUCACCAGGACUGAAUAAAAGUGGAGACGACUAUUACAAGGAUGAUGACGGGGACCACAUCCACUUUGAUCCCAUCGUUGAGUUGCCGGAAUGCAUCGAGGCGAGAACCGGCGAAGAAGGCGAGGAGGUGAGAUUCAGUCAUCUAGCCAAGCUGUUCCGCUACAACAAGGAGUCUGCCCAAUGGAAAGAGCGUGGUCUCGGCGACAUCAAGGUCCUGUACAACCCAGACACCAAGAAGUAUCGCAUCGUCAUGCGCAGAGAGCAAGUCUUGAAGGUCUGUGCCAAUCACUUUGUCACUCCGGAACUGAAGUUGCAGCCGAUGGCCGGAUCAACGAAGUCGUUGGUCUGGAUGGCGAUGGAUGCGUCCGAGGAUGAAGUCCAGAUGGAACAGUUGGCCGUGAAAUUCAAAACGGAAGAGUUGGCCCAGCAGUUCAAGGAGGCGGUCGAAGCAGCCCAGGAGGACAUGAAGAUGGGAGGAGGAGGAGGAGAUGCAGUCAAGAAAGAGGCUGAGAAAGAAAACCAAGAUGUCGAAGGAGACGUUAAGGAAGAGGAUGAUGGUGAGACUGAUGAGGAAGAUGAUGAAGGUGCUGAAGAAGAUGAAGGGGGCUUCAAUUUUGCCGCCAUGGCUAAAACAAAGGGAUCUCUGUUCUCCUUCCGCAUGGAUGUCAGUAAAACUCCUCCAGAAGCUCCCGAGAAAUCACCGGUGAAACCAAAAUCUCCUGGAGUAGUAGUGAAGUCACCCCAGCAGCAGCCACCAUCACCAGGACUGAAUAAAAGUGGAGACGACUAUUACAAGGAUGAUGACGGGGACCACAUCCACUUUGAUCCCAUCGUUGAGUUGCCGGAAUGCAUCGAGGCGAGAACCGGCGAAGAAGGCGAGGAGGUGAGAUUCAGUCAUCUAGCCAAGCUGUUCCGCUACAACAAGGAGUCUGCCCAAUGGAAAGAGCGUGGUCUCGGCGACAUCAAGGUCCUGUACAACCCAGACACCAAGAAGUAUCGCAUCGUCAUGCGCAGAGAGCAAGUCUUGAAGGUCUGUGCCAAUCACUUUGUCACUCCGGAACUGAAGUUGCAGCCGAUGGCCGGAUCAACGAAGUCGUUGGUCUGGAUGGCGAUGGAUGCGUCCGAGGAUGAAGUCCAGAUGGAACAGUUGGCCGUGAAAUUCAAAACGGAAGAGUUGGCCCAGCAGUUCAAGGAGGCGGUCGAAGCAGCCCAGGAGGACAUGAAGAUGGGAGGAGGAGGAGGAGAUGCAGUCAAGAAAGAGGCUGAGAAAGAAAACCAAGAUGUCGAAGGAGACGUUAAGGAAGAGGAUGAUGGUGAGACUGAUGAGGAAGAUGAUGAAGGUGCUGAAGAAGAUGAAGGGGGCUUCAAUUUUGCCGCCAUGGCUAAAACAAAGGGAUCUCUGUUCUCCUUCCGCAUGGAUGUCAGUAAAACUCCUCCAGAAGCUCCCGAGAAAUCACCGGUGAAACCAAAAUCUCCUGGAGUAGUAGUGAAGUCACCCCAGCAGCAGCCACCGUCACCAGGACUGAAUAAAAGUGGAGACGACUAUUACAAGGAUGAUGACGGGGACCACAUCCACUUUGAUCCCAUCGUUGAGUUGCCGGAAUGCAUCGAGGCGAGAACCGGCGAAGAAGGCGAGGAGGUGAGAUUCAGUCAUCGAGCCAAGCUGUUCCGCUACAACAAGGAGUCUGCCCAAUGGAAAGAGCGUGGUCUCGGCGACAUCAAGGUCCUGUACAACCCAGACACCAAGAAGUAUCGCAUCGUCAUGCGCAGAGAGCAAGUCUUGAAGGUCUGUGCCAAUCACUUUGUCACUCCGGAACUGAAGUUGCAGCCGAUGGCCGGAUCAACGAAGUCGUUGGUCUGGAUGGCGAUGGAUGCGUCCGAGGAUGAAGUCCAGAUGGAACAGUUGGCCGUGAAAUUCAAAACGGAAGAGUUGGCCCAGCAGUUCAAGGAGGCGGUCGAAGCAGCCCAGGAGGACAUGAAGAUGGGAGGAGGAGGAGGAGAUGCAGUCAAGAAAGAGGCUGAGAAAGAAAACCAAGAUGUCGAAGGAGACGUUAAGGAAGAGGAUGAUGGUGAGACUGAUGAGGAAGAUGAUGAAGGUGCUGAAGAAGAUGAAGGGGGCUUCAAUUUUGCCGCCAUGGCUAAAACAAAGGGAUCUCUGUUCUCCAUCCGCAUGGACGUCAGUAAAACUCCUCCAGAAGCUCCCGAGAAACCACCGGUGAAACCAAAAUCUCCUGGAGUAGUAGUGAAGUCCCCCCAGCAGCAGCCACCGUCACCAGGACUGAAUAAAAGUGGAGACGACUAUUACAAGGAUGAUGACGGGGACCACAUCCACUUUGAUCCCAUCGUUGAGUUGCCGGAAUGCAUCGAGGCGAGAACCGGCGAAGAAGGCGAGGAGGUGAGAUUCAGUCAUCGGGCCAAGCUGUUCCGCUACAACAAGGAGUCUGCCCAAUGGAAAGAGCGUGGUCUCGGCGACAUCAAGGUCCUGUACAACCCAGACACCAAGAAGUAUCGCAUCGUCAUGCGCAGAGAGCAAGUCUUGAAGGUCUGUGCCAAUCACUGUGUCACUCCGGAACUGAAGUUGCAGCCGAUGGCCGGAUCAACGAAGUCGUUGGUCUGGAUGGCGAUGGAUGCGUCCGAGGAUGAAGUCCAGAUGGAACAGUUGGCCGUGAAAUUCAAAACGGAAGAGUUGGCCCAGCAGUUCAAGGAGGCGGUCGAAGCAGCCCAGGAGGACAUGAAGAUGGGAGGAGGAGGAGGAGAUGCAGUCAACAAAGAGGAAGAGGAUGAUGGUGAGACUGAUGAGGAAGAUGAUGAAGGUGCUGAAGAAGAUGAAGGUGCUGAAGAAGAUGAAGAGGAUUACGAAGAUGUAGAAGACGAUGAUGAAGAUGAAUAUGAAGAUGAUGGUGAGGAAGAGGAGGGGGAAGAAGGUGGAAACGGUGAUGGAGAAGAAGAGCAAGAUGCUACAGAACAAGGUGAAGACGAGCAAAAUACCCCAACACAAGGUGGAGAAGAGCAGGAAGAUGCCACAACACAAGGUGACGACGAAUCUCCAACUGUUAAAUCCUGCGAUCCAAACAUCUCAAAGGUGUUCUCGGAGCUGUUGCGCAUUGCCAAUGCCAGCCACGCCCAGAAACAGAAGGAGAUGAGUGAGGCUGAGUCCUCCCCUAAGGACGAGGAGGCGGCGGGGAGUAGCAAAGAUGACAGCGUUACCGAGGAGAGAGACGAUAUUCACUUUGAUCCGAUUGUUCAACUCCCUGAACAGUUGGAGAAGAUUACCGGUGAAGAGGACGAGAACCAGCUGUUCUGCUCCCGUGCCAAGCUCUACCGCUACGACAAGACCUCAUCCCAGUGGAAGGAUAGAGGGGUCGGAGAUAUCAAGAUUCUGCAGAAUGUUAAGACGAGACGAUAUCGCAUCCUCAUGAGACGAGAUCAGGUUUUCAGGGUAUGCGCCAAUCACUACAUCACCAAGGAUAUGGCCUUGCUCCCUAACGCAGGGUCAGAGAACUCCCUGGUCUGGCGGGCCAUGGAUGCAUCGGACGGGGACCCUCAACCUGAGCAGCUGGCAGUCCGCUUCAAGCUGGCGGGAACAACUCAGCGUUUCAAGGUGACGUUUGAAGAAUGCCAGGCCGAGCUGAGAAAACUAGAAGACGAUAACAAAGGGAGUGAACAAGGUGAUGAAGUGUCAUCGACAACUGAAGAGUCAUCAAAAUCACCUUCAAAAGGGCAG